CUAAACCGCAAUUCUCUAGGUUCAGAAACUGCAAUUUCUGAACCGAAUUCUCUCGAAAAAAGGGCAAUUUUUUAUUCUGACACUUCAAAUAAGUCCUAUACGCCUGUGUGUGGGUGUGUGUGUGAUGUACACUUGGCUGUGGACCCUGCUCUUCCUGAGCAUGAACAUGGGGCUUGCUCAGAGGUCCACCCAAGAAGCCUUCAUGCUUCAGUACUUUGAGAGGAGGAUUGCCCAACUUGAGGAGCGUCUAAUCAAAUGCGAGCAAAACACCCUGCGACUGGACCAGAAGAUCUACGACGUGUCGACAGAAGUGCGUAGCCAGCUGGCUGGCGUGGAGGUCCACAGGACAGAGAUGAAGAGCCAGGUGGACAGUGUAGCCUUGCGAGUGGAGCGGAUUGAGAGGGACGUGGAGUAUCUGGAGACUAAGAUCCCCAACCAGCCACACAUCCAGGUGCAAGACGAUCUGUUGGAACAGCAGAUUAAAGAAGCCCAGAAGAAGAAAGUGAAGUUUACACUGGGGAUAGACUGCAGCACAACUUUGACUGGUGUUAAAUCCAUGAAGAUAGUGAAGAAAGCAGAGAACGUAUAUGGAUCCUGGCUAAAAGACCCUACAAAAGGCUCCGUCAAAAUCUAUGUAUUCAGCGGGAACAAGAAUAACACGUUGUUGGAGUUCAAGUCCCUGAAGAGUGUCAUUGAAGGGAGGCCGGCCCAAGCUCGUCAAAUCCAUCUCCCGUUUCCCUGGCAGGGCUCUGGUCACACUGUUUUCAAUGGCUUUGUGUACUAUCACAAGGCAGACACACCCAACCAGAUCCUAAAGGUGCAUCUCCUCAACCGCACGGUGGCUGACAGCAUGUUGCUUCCCGGGGCUGGCCGCCUGCCGGUGUACGCCCUCACCACCCACACCUUCCUGGACCUGGCAGUGGACGAGCUGGGUCUGUGGGUCAUUUAUGCCGACCCAGAGUUAGGGGGAAACCUGGUGAUUACCAAGCUGGACCAGAGCAGCCUGGCAGUGGAGCACAGCUGGGACACCUCCUGCAGGAGCCACAACGCAGAGACGGCGUUCAUGAUCUGCGGAACGCUGUACGUGGUGUACAACUCGCGCCACGGAGGUCGUUCCAGCAUCGACUGCCUGUACGAUAUCCACGACACCAUCCACAGCCAGGAGAGCCCCGUCAUGUUCUUCCCCAAGCGCUACACCAACCACUACAGCAUCCACUACCACCCGAAAGACAAGCUGCUGUACGCCUGGGACGAUGGCUUCCAGACCAUUUACAAACUGGGUGUCAAGAGCAAGCAAGACUGAGACAAGGCCAUUGAACGUAAUGUGUUCCGAAGUUGAGCGAGGACACGUUGUUUAUCCUCAAGGUUGGAUCAGAUGUUGUUAGUAAAUAAUAAAAUCGAUGAAGUCAAGAUGUUUUUAAAUCUACAACCAUACAUGUAUCCAGUACAAAAGAUAACAAAUAAAAAUGUGCAUAUUCUUG